AUGGAAGGAGGCGGAGGAACCCUAUCGGAGGUUCACCAAACCGCGAGAAAGCUGUUGCUCAAAACACGCGACGGCCUCGAACGUCUCGAGCGCCUGGAGUAUUCCAACUCCUCCUCCUCAUCUUCCGAUCUCUCCUUCGCCAUAAGCAAAGACAUUACUCAGAUCCAAUCCCUCUGCGUCGAGAUGAAUCGCCUCUCACGAUCUAUUUCCGUCAAAUCUCAACGUGAUCUCUGGAAAAGGAAAUUAGAACAAAUAGCUGAAGAGGCUGAGUCGUUAAAAGAGAGUUUGGAGAAAUACAACUCAAGGAAUCAUAAACGAAUGAUGGAAGCUAAAGAGAGAACAGAGCUUCUGGGAAGAGCUAAUGGGGAUUCUAGCCAUGUUAUGAGGAUUUAUGAUGAAGAGGCGCAAGCGAUGCAGUCAGUUCGCAGUUCUGCUCGUGAAUUGGAAAAUGCUAAUGCACUUGGGGAAACUAUACUUUCAUCUAUUCAUGGACAAAGGGAACGAUUGAAGAGUGCCCAGAGAAAAGCAUUGGAUGUUCUCAAUACAGUUGGGAUAUCAAACCGUGUUUUGAGGCUAAUUGAAAGACGUAACCGUGUGGAUCAAUGGAUCAAAUAUAUGGGGAUGAUAUUGACUAUCAUUUUCUUGGUUGCUUUUGUUCUAUGGAGACGUUAA